AGUUUUCCCUCUAGACUGGAAGAGAAAGCCAUUCGUAUCUCGAACCAAAUUUAGGGUUUCAAGUUCAACUCAAGUCCGUUCAAAUCACAUCCAAUGGCUUCUCCUAACCAUCUCGAUGAUGACGAUGAUUUUGGCGGUGAUUUCACUGGAUCCCGGCGUUCAGGGACUAAGAGAAGCUUUGGAGAGCUUGAUGAUGAUGAAGAGGAUCUUUUUGGCUCCAAGAAGGGAAACAUAAAAGUGGAAGAAACUGCUCCUGGUGCUGCAACGGGGACUAUUUUGUCUCUUCGUGAGAGUCUUAAGGACUGUAAAGAAACCCUUGCAACAUGUCAGUCAGAACUUGAAGCUGCAAAGUCUGAAAUACUGAAGUGGCAUUCUUCAUUUCAGAAGGAAUCUUUCAUGCCUUCUGGAACAACCCCUGAACCAAAAAUUGUGAUAAACUAUCUUCAAAACCUAAGGUCAUCCGAGGAGUUGUUACGGGAACAGCUGGAGAAAGCUAAGAAAAAAGAAGCUGCCUUUAUAGUAAAUAUUGCAAAACGAGAUCAAGAGAUAGCUGAGUUGAAGUCUGCAGUUCGUGACCUAAGAGCUCAACUUAAACCACCAUCCAUGCAGGCAAGGAAACUAUUGUUAGAUCCAGCUAUUCAUGAAGAGUUCACACGCCUGAAGAAUUUGGUAGAAGAGAAGGAUAAAAAGGUCAAGGAGUUGCAAGAUAAUAUUGCUGCUGUCAAUUUUACCCCGCAAAGCAAGAUGGGGAAGAUGUUAAUGGCCAAAUGCAGGACUCUACAGGAGGAAAAUGAGGAGAUUGGUAAUCAAGCUAAUGAGGGGAAGAUGCAUGAAUUGGCAAUGAAACUAGCUUUGCAGAAAUCACAGAAUGCAGAACUCAAAGGUCACUUUGAAGGAUUAUGCAAACAAGUAGAGGGACUGACUAAUGAUGUUGAAAUAUCAAAUGAAAUGGUGUUUAUGUUGCAAGAGAAGCUGGAAGAGAAGGAUAUGGAAAUUAGAAGGAUAAAUAAAGAGUUGGAGCAAAAAGGUGUCAAGGAAGAGCCACAUGAGAAACCCAUCAUUACAGAGGAGAAGAAUGAGCUCUCUUCUGAUGAUAAAAUUGCCACCAAUGAAGGAGGGUUAACUACUGAAGCACCAUCGGAGGAUUCAUAGGCCGCCGGUUUUUGUAUUAGGAAUUAUAUUCAAUUCUCCCCUCAUUCUGUUUUGUACUAUGUGAAUUAUUCCGUUUUUGCACAGAUAGUUUCCUUAAUUCUUAGUAAAAAUUCUGAUGUUUGGAUCUUUCUUAUAAUUUUUUCUCCUUAAAA